AUGAAUAACCGAGAUGAUUCGAUGAUUAAACGACAACGAAAGAAGAAACUUCAGUCGAUCAUUGUCGAUAAGCCGAACUACGCAACGUUUGAAGUUCGCUUUUUUGUUCUUUUAUUGCUUGAUCGGUUCUUCCUGGCGCUGCGUGAGGGAGCCGGUGCAUCGCCCGACUCCGAAACUCUGGCGAGGAGGGCUCGCUGGAGAGCAGCGCAGCCAGAAAGAUUCGUUCCGCCGUGCGAUCCGCACACUUUAGAUAUACGUAAUUUUCAGUUGUUUGGAAAUGGUUACGAUUCACCAUUAAAUUCGCCGCUUUACUUAUCAUCGCCUCCACGUUUUGAAGCAGUUGAUUUUUUUCCCGAAACAUUUCGAAUUAAUUUGGUCAGAGAACGAAAUGAAAUAUUUAUGAAAAGCUCUGUUCACAUCAGUUAUAAGGAAUACUUAUCACUUAUCCAAGAUAUUGGGCGACUGAUCAACUGUCGCCUUCGACUGGUUAACACCAUAUUUAAAGGAUCUAGUCUUGCCCCUGACAAAAAUGAUUUGGAAACAUUUGCUAAAGUCAUUCGUGGCCUUUCGGAUGUAUGGUACAUGUUUACGACUCUAUUCCAGAUGAGUUAUUUAUCCACAGUAAUAUGCAUCCCCGAUGAUGUCUUUCAUGAAAUGAUUCGUGCGGCAAAACCUUUACAAGCUGCCGUACAAGAUACACCAAUUGAUUAUCACUGUAUUCCUAACUGGAAUUAUGCUAUAGGUUCUAGUUCCGGAAUGAAUCUUUAUUCACCUCAGUUUUCCAUCUGUCACAUACCAAUGAUAAAGAUAUGCAGUUAUUGUUUGGCAAUCGAAAAGUAUCCCUUUGACCAUACAAACAAGGAAUGUGUUGAAUUAGCCAGACUUAGACCGUGCAGGCUUUGUGGUGCUAGUGGUAUUGAUAAUCAUACUAUUUCGUUAGUUCAUUAA